AUGUUCUCGCUCGAAGCUGUGCUGCUUUGGGGAUACUGCCAUCUGCGAAUAAUGAGUCUGCUUACUACACUACCCUUUGUGGGCGAACGCGAAGAGCAGCCGCAAGAGAAACAGCCGCCACGGAAGAAGCAUGCUAAGCUAUUCCACAGAAAGACUAGAACAGGCUGCAAGCGAUGUCGAGUUCGAAGAGUCAAGUGCGACGAAACUAGGCCAAUCUGUAACAAUUGCACACGACUCGAUCUGGACUGCGACUACGCCCAUUCCUCUGCAAAAAGGAAGGGCAACGAAAACAACUCUGCUCAGUCUCCGGCUUCGCUAAGCUGCGGUGAAUGCGUCAUCAACUCAGACGGCGUGGUGCAACCUCAAGAAACAACAGCACGACGGAAACUCGAACUCGAAUUGCUCUACCACUAUUCUACAGAGGUCGGACCAGCCCACAACGCGGACAAAUUUUCUCAGAAGUUUCUAGGCCCCUUUACUUGCCAAGCUGCUUUGCAGUCAGAUGCUGUCUUAUACGCAGUCUGCAUGGUGGCGGCUCUUCAUAAAGCGCACAUAUCUGUAAAUGGCAGCUCGAGAUAUAUGGACCAUUGCUUGACAUAUGCUAAUUUGGCUCUUCAAUCGCACCACCAGCAGGUGGCAAACCUCGAUCCAGAUAAUGUGGAUUUCUCGUGCCUGACAUCUAGCCUGUUACGACUAUAUAAAUAUUAUCAACUACAAAAUCGACCUUUGGAGCCGUAUGCGCCUCCUAUGGAGUGGCUGCGCAUGUGCAACACCAGCAACAUUGUGUUCCGCAAGGCAUGGGGGUUUCUUGAAGACAAACAAGAAACAGUGAGCGGUAGGCUGAUGCUGGAAAUCUCGCAAAAUCUGGAAGAACAAGGCAGAAUGGAGCAUUCCAACGAGCUGAUGCACUUACUGCGGCGCCAGGAGCCUCACGAGUUGGAGGAACAGUGGGAUGACGAAGUUCUCAAAGUGUAUAAACGCACUUUGAGCUGCCUUGGCUGGCUCUGGAAGCAUAGAUUCGACAGCGAUCCUCCCUAUGGCGUGUCAAGGCGGCUUUUUCUUUUUCCCAUGCUAGUGGACACCCAGUUUGUGGCGUUUAUAGAGGAACAGCGACCGCGAGCACUUAUCAUCCUGGCGCACUAUUUUGCACUGCUCGCAAUUAUUCGCCAACUGUGGUUUGUUGGCGAUGCAGGCCUCCGUGAAGCCAACGCAAUCGCGGCCGCGGUGCCGCCAGCGUGGUUAGGGAUGCUGAUUCAGCCGCUGGAGAUUUUGAAGGAUCCAUCCUUGUUGUGUAAUAUUCAGCCCAAAGCCUGA